GACUGGGAUGCAAAUCGACCGACGGUGUUUAUCACACAUGGCUGGGGAGGCGAUGGUGCUACGUCAUCCUGCACUUCUGUGCGAAAUGGUAAAUAAUUUCAGUUUGGUAAAAUCCUACUUUAUUCCAAAGCUAAUUUCUCUUUGCCAGAAACUUUUCAUAAGUCCGUCAAAAUGUUGGUAGACAUUUUACCUUCCAUGAUGGUAAAUCAUGAUUUACACCGACUAUGAUGGACCCUGUUUUGUUCAUAGCAUACCUCAGAAGUGGACUGGACUAUAACGUGAUCGUCAUGGACUGGCGCUAUCCAGCCAAAGGUUUAUACACCAUAGUUGCAAGAGGUGUACCACAAGUAGCAACACAGCUAGCAAGGUUCAUCCUUUUCAUGAAAUCAUCGUGGAAUUUGAAUACCUUAUCUACAACGCUUGUGGGACACUCUCUUGGUGCUCAUGUGGUGAGCUUAGCAGCGAAGGGCGUCUUAGAAUCGAGUCCAAUCGCUCGAGUCGUUGGUCUCGACCCCGCAAAACCGAUGUUUCAAAACCGUGGGUCAAACUGUAGACUUGAUAAAUCACAUGCCAAAUAUGUUGAAGUACUUCACACCAGUAAAUUCUUUUUGGGUAUGAGUACUGCUGUUGGUACCGUCGAUUUCUUCGCUAAUAAUGGACUACAUCAGCCAGGAUGUAACAUAUUUGUCACAAAUUCAUGUUCUCAUCAACGAGCCUUUGCGUACUUUAGUGAAUCCAUAAUGAAGCCUACUCGCUUUCGUGCUCAAGCUAGAAACGGUGUGAUAGCGUACAUGGGAGGUCCAGAUUUUAAUAAAAGCGCUCGUGGAAUCUUUUACUUCAAAACAAACAGUAGAUCUCCUUAUGGACGUGGUUAAAAUACAACACAUUUGUAAAUUUAAAUAAAAAUUAUUCUUCU